AUGACCUUCCUCACUCUAACGCCUUGGCUGCGUCGUAACGCGUACGACGAGGAUGGAAGAGUCUGGUACGAGGAGUGCAUCUUGGCCAGAUUCAUUCGGCCUGUUGAAGAGGCCGUGAGGGGGGCUCUGAAGAAUGUAGACUGGGAACCCCUCGUCCCCAAGGCUGGCAAGGGGAAGAAGGCCCCGGUUGUGCUUCCUCGACCGGGCACGCCGGCCGCGGCCGUACCCAGGGUGGCUACCCCUCCUUCGGUUAGAGCAGCGGUUGUCACCUCAGCUGCGGCCCCAAGCCCCAGAGCGCCGGCUGUAGUGGGGGCGCAAAAAACUUCGGCGCAUAGGACCCCACCUUUGUCUUUGUUUACUUGCUUCUUACCUCUUUUACUUCUCCCUGUACACACAGCCCCGGGUCGUAAGAGGGACCGAGAGGCCUCAAACACUGGGGCCGCAGCGGUUGAGGCUGCAACGGCCGAAGGUGUUGCCGUUGAGACGACGGUGCUAGAGCGGCCGAGGAAAAGGGUCCUCCUCGUUCUUUCGAAGGCCGAGGACGAGGAAGAAGUCCCCCCUGGGAUCGUGAGUGAAGCCCCUCGCGUGACCGGCGAGGCAGUGUCCGAGGAGUUGGCCGAUGAGGUGGCCACUGCUGAGGUAGCAGCUGAGGGGACGGCCACCGCUGAGGUGGCGGAAAUGAUGGAUGCUGAGGCAGCAGUUGCAGAGGUGCCAGCCACUGAGGCCGCCGCGGACGUGCCGGACGAUGAGGUCCUUGCCGUGGACCUGACGCGGGCCAUCCUGGUGGAAAUCCCUUCGGCCGCCUCUGUCGCGCCUACCUUGGCUAUUCCCGCAUUCGUUGAGCCGUUGCCGUCCGCCCCUCGUUGUCCAGGCGGCAUCGUGAUCCGCUCGAUAAGCCCUCCAGGGUCGUCACUGUCGCUACCCGCAGUCGCUGUGGGUAUGCCCGCGGCGCCGCUGUCUUAG